AUGUCGCAGUCGAAUUCUAUUAGCCCAUCAUGUCGGGAUAUGGACAACACAUUCCGCGUGGGAAUGGGACCAUGUCGUGGUAGUUUUGACUUUUCACUUCUUUUCGAGGAGACUAUCAUGGCUCUUCUUCCCAUCGCGCUGAUAUCAAUUCUGGUGCCGCUGCGGAUGUUGAAGCUCUCCCGCAAACAGCGCAAAGUUGAACGAUCAUGGCUCCUUCCAUUGAAACUGGUGACCUGGUUCAUCUUUAUUGGGCUUGGAAUCGCACAAUCGGUCCUGUGGGCACAGCCCACUGCCGAGGUCACCAAAGCAUCGCUUGCCACGCAUGUCGUUCUCACCAUUGGGACAUUCAUGCUAUGUGUCCUUUCUUAUGCCGAACACCUGACUUCUGUCAGGCCGUCAUCCCUCUUGAAUCUGUAUUUGCUCAGCACUUUACUUUUCGAUGCCGCGCGGACCAGAACAUUAUGGCUCCGCGCAGACAAUCAUUUCAACAAGACUAUAGCGGUCGUUACCACUGUUGCUUUGCUCAAUAAGCUUGCUCUUACCGUGCUAGAGACCAUCGAAAAACGUCAUAUCCUAAAGCCCGAGUUCACAUGCUGCCCUCCGGAGGCUACCGCGGGUCUCUGGAAUCGAUUUUUGUUCCUAUGGCUCAACCCUCUGUUCAAGAGAGGAUUCAGUCAUCUUUUGUCGGUGGACGACUUGUUCCUGACCGACAAAGAGCUGAGCUCGGAAAGAUUGCUGGCCAAGUUUGAGAAAAGAUGGAGCAAAGUCCAAACCAAAUCGCCACAUACAUUGCAGUUUGAGUCUUUCAAGGCUGUCAAGUCACCUCUUCUGAGUGCUGUGCCUGCCCGAGCAUGCCUGGUUGCUUUCAACUUUUGCCAGCCACUACUUCUGACUCGAUCACUGUCAUUCUUCAACAGCCCCGUCAACGAUACCACCAAUAACGUGGGCUACGGUCUGAUUGGUGCCUACUUCUUGGUAUACAUGGGACUAGCUAUCUCGAUGGGUCAAUACCAACACAAUACAUACCGAGGAAUCACCAUGGUCCGCGGAAUUCUCAUAACAAUGCUCUACAAAAAGUCCAGCCGUCUUGGUCUCAACGAAGCUGAUCCAAAGAAUGCUCUCACACUGAUGAGUGCGGACAUUGAACGGAUCACGCAGGGCUGGCAGACCAUGCACGAGAUCUGGGGCAACUCCGCUGAGAUCGCCCUGGCCAUUUACCUAUUAGAGCGGCAGCUGGGAGUUUCUUGCUUCGUUCCGGUGUGUGUAGCUCUCGUGGCCCUGGUCGGAUCCCUUGUGGGGAUGUCUUUUGUGGUGCCUCGGCAAGCGCGGUGGCUUGAGGCAAUUGAAAGACGAAUCUCUUGCACUUCAGAAAUGCUUGGCUCCAUAAAGGGUGUCAAAAUGCUCGGCCUGCAAGAUUCUUUCAUGAAAUUUGUUCAUGGACUUCGCAUUGAAGAGUUGGAUAUUUCCAAAAAGUUCCGCACCCUCCUGGUCUAUAACAUGGGAUUCGCCUGGUUGACUCGUAUUUUCGCCCCGGUCCUGACCUUUGCCGUAUUCAUCGGACUUUCUGACUCCACUUUGGACGUUUCUCGCGUCUUCACCUCCUUGUCGCUUUUUGCUCUUCUCUCAGAUCCACUUUUGACCCUUGUUAUGGCCUUGAUGUCAUUUGCGGGCUCGGUCGGAUCAUUUGUUCGAAUCCAGGAAUUCCUUGACAAGGAGGACCAUCUCGGCCACCGACAAGCUAUUCAGCAUGACCCAUCGUUUGAGCUUGUGCACGAAGCCAAAGUUCUUUCCCAAUACGGAGAACUUGAUCUUUCCUCGAGCAGUUUCGGCUCCGUCGAGUCGUUGACGCAUCGUUCGUCGUCUUGCUCUGUCAAUGCCGCAAUUAUUGAGAAUGGCACAUUUACCUGGGACCCAAAGAAAGAGCCCGUUUUGUCCGAUAUCUCCAUCACGUUUCCUCGUGGCGGACUAACCAUGCUUAUUGGACCUUCUGGGUGUGGGAAGUCUACCCUGUUGAAAGCAAUGCUGGGGGAGGUUUGCUGUGUUGAAGGCAAGGUCGAGUUGAAAUCCCCCAGUGUUGCAUAUUGCGAUCAAACACCCUGGCACAUGAAUAGCACCAUCAAGGACAGUAUUGUGUCAAUGUCUGACUACGAGUCCGAAUGGUAUUCUGCCGUCGUCAAGGCUUGCGCAUUGGAAGAAGACUUUUCACAUUUCCCUUAUGGUGAUCAAAGCGUCAUUGGCAGCAAAGGAGUUGCUCUCAGUGGGGGUCAAAGUCAACGUAUUGCGCUUGCGCGGGCAGUCUAUGCUCGGCGGAGAAUCAUAUUCCUCGAUGAUGCUCUCAGUGGGCUUGACGCUACUACUGAGAAUCACAUAUUUCACUGUCUCUUUGGAAGCACAGGCCUACUUAGGGAUAUCGGGACCUCCGUGGUCAUGGCAUCUUCUUCUGUAAGACGUUUGCCUUUUUCAGAUCACAUUGUUGUGAUAGACUCAACUGGCCGGGUCGGCGAACAAGGCCACUUCAGCGCAUUGAGUAAGACCGGCGGUUACGUUUCCAGUUUUGAUCUCGCGAUGCCAGACUGGGACUACAAGCCGAAGGUAGUUUCGGCCGCAUCAAUCCAAAUUAAGGAGGUUCCUGCAGAGGAAGAAAAAGAGGAAUCCAUCAUCGAUUUUGAAAGUCGGGGGAGUGGCGGUGAUCUCACAAUUUACAGCUACUACAUCAGUGCAAUCGGAAAGCUACCAGCGCUCUCCUUCAUGGUCGCGAUGGCUGUCUUUGUUUUUUGCAUCUCUUUCCCCAGUAUCUGGAUGAAGUGGUGGGCCAUUUCCGACACUCAGGCACCCAGACAGGAAGCCGGAAAGUACCUUGGUGUUUAUGCUAUGCUUGGCUGCGUCGCCAUGAUUUCCUUGAUCUUGGGCUGCUGGCAGAUGGUGAUCACCAUGGUUCCCAGAUCCGGUGAAACGUUCCAUCGGACGUUGCUGCAAACCGUUCUUGCUGCCCCCAUGUUCUUCUUCUCGACGACAGAUAUGGGUACCAUCCUCAAUCGAUUCAGCCAAGACUUGCAGUUGAUUGACAUGGAACUGCCAAUCGCAGCCAUCAACACCGUUGUCACGAUUUUCCUUUGCCUGGCCCAGAUGAUACUCAUCGGCGUCAGUUCAAAGUACGCAGCUAUUUCAUUUCCUCUUGUUCUCGGUCUUCUAUUCCUCAUCCAAAAGAUCUACUUGCGCACUUCCCGCCAAAUUAGAUUUCUGGAUCUUGAAGCCAAAGCCCCUCUUUACUCUAACUUCACCGACUGCCUUCAGGGCUUGGUGACACUUCGAGCUUUUGGCUGGCAACAUGCCAUGGAAAAGAAAAACAUUGAGCUUCUUGACUAUUCCCAACGUCCUUUCUAUUUGAUGUUUGCUAUCCAGCGAUGGCUCACUCUUUCUUUGGAUCUUGUGGUCGCUGGAAUUGCUGUGCUCCUCAUGAUCUUGGUUGUUGUGCUCCGGGGCACUAGUUUGGGAGCAGGUUCCAUUGGUGUCGCUCUGUUGAACGUGAUCCAAUUCAGCCAGAGCAUCAAACUCAUGGUGACUUUCUGGACCAAUUUGGAAACCCACGUUGGAUCAAUAGUGCGUGUGAAGGAUUUCACUCAAAAUGUUCCAUCUGAGGACCAGCCUGGCGAGGACCAACCGAUCACUCCUGAUUGGCCGUCAAAAGGAACGGUCUCAUUCCAGUCUGUGUCUGCGGCGUAUAGACCCAAGGAGCCAGUCUUGAGGGAGGUAUCGCUUUCCGUCAAAGCCGGAGAGAAAAUCGGCAUAUGUGGACGCACAGGAAGUGGCAAAACUUCUAUGAUCAUGAGCAUCUUCCGCAUGAUCGACUUGACCACCGGCACUAUCUCCAUAGAUGGAAUCGACAUCUCUACUUUGUCGCGACGCGACAUCCGCUCUCGUGUCAACGGUGUCUCUCAGGAUUCGUUGUCGUUUAAGGGCAGUGUACGUGUCAACGUCGAUCCGACGAGGUCACGAAGUGACGACGACAUUCGGAACGCGCUCAAGAGUGUGCAACUACACUCCUUGAUUCUCGAAAAGGGCGACUUGGACACGGACAUCGACGAAAUUCACUUGUCUCACGGCCAGAUGCAGCUCUUCUCUCUUGCUCGAGCUAUCCUGCGCCCGGGUAACAUUGUUAUCCUAGACGAGGCGACCAGCAACAUCGAUUCGAAAACAGAUGAGAUCAUGCAGCGCGUCAUUCGUGAGAAAUUUUUCAACCACACCGUUAUUGCGGUUGCGCACAAACUUGACACCAUCCUUGACUUUGACCGCAUCGUGGUGCUGGACGCCGGGCGCAUCGUUGAGGUCGGGGAGCCCUAUCAGUUGCUAGUCAAGCCAGACUCGUACUUUGCUCGACUGUAUACUGACUCAGUAGUGACCGAGGACGCUGCAUAA